CGGCUCUAUUCAUUCUAAUCGAUAACUUCCAGUUAACAGUGACGUAACAAAUACUCUUAACAGAGAAUUGGUAUGGUGAUUAAUCUCGCCUCCGCCACUGGCUUGUAGAAGAGCAGUCGCACUUAAAAGGAAACUCCAACCUUCAUAGGCACCGGGGUACUUACACACAGGCGUACAAACAAACAUAUAAUCAGUAAAGUGGAAAGUCUAGAUAUAAUUAUUUUCCAACAGUACAAGAAAACGUGAAAUCUAACGGGUUAUCGUCACGCUGACUGGAGCCUACACACAGUCACCUUUGUAAAAACAAAAAUCUAACAUUAAUGUCAAACAGUUAUUAAAAAGUGUUCGUAGUCAAAAUUGAUCAUCGAAAGUAGUGUUUUCCCUUUGCUUUUAAAUAACGGUGUGGAAUAUUGUAGAAGUACUUUGUGUUUGAUAAAAGUGUUUGUUAAUUAAAUAGAAUGGAAUUUCACUAUAACAUCAAUGAGAUUUUUAAGUCUCCAAUAGUAGAGAUAAAUCACAGCCUCAUUCCACCUGGGUACACUGGAGAUAGGAGAGCAUUACGGGAUGUGGUUACUAAAGUAUCGGAAAUAGUAAAUGCAAUGGGAGAAGCUUCUGCUGCUGCUCAAGGAUUGACUAAACCUAUAACUACAGCUGACCGACUUAGAAAUUCUGAGCAUAAAUUAUACUUUUUAAUUGAUCCAAAUGCAAAUGGAUCUAAAGGAGCAGUAACAGGGAUGUUAAAAACUGGUAAUAAAAGUCUGUAUGUGUUUGAUAGAGAUGGGGUGCAUUAUCAAGUUUCUCCUCCAUGUUUGUUAGACUUUUAUGUGCAUGAAACAAAACAACGCAAUGGAUUAGGAAAGCAAUUGUUUGAAUACAUGUUAAGGAAAGAAAAUAUUGAGCCUGUACAAAUGGCAAUUGAUAGACCAAGCGAGAAAUUGUUAUCGUUUUUUAAUAAGCAUUACUCCUUGAAAGAACCUGUGAAGCAGAUGAACAAUUAUGUAGUUUAUGAUGGAUUUUUUCCUAGCAAAGAACCUGACACUCAAGCGACAAAUGUAAAUGAAACAAGAAGCGUAGCAGAUGUAAAGAAGAAUUCCGCUAAUGGAUUACAGUAUUUCCAAUCUCCUAUGGGAAGGUAUGGAGCUCCUAGACCACCUUGCAGUAUGGGACAGAUAAUCCACAACCAAUCACCUACAAUCGAACAAAGACAAGAACCGACAGGUGAUGUACAAAUUACAAAGGACGUUGCCAAACAACAAACUUCUCAAAAAUUGGAACGUCCACGUUCACUAAUAAUCCAACCAGAAGAAUCUAUCAAAAAAGAAGACGAACAAAUCGAAGAAAAGGAGCUAGAAGAUUUGGGCAACGGCCCAAGUCCGAUAGAAGAUGUUUUAGAUUCCUUGGAAAUGGGUAUAGAAAAACUGGAAUUGGGAAGUGUUGAAAAAAGUAAGGUUAAGGGUACAACGGAAAAUUUUUUAUACGGUGAUGAAGACGGACCGUCUCCUAGAAAGACUCCUAGUCAUUUAACUGAACAAGGAUAUUUUGAUUUAAAAUUUUAUCAUAAUAAGCUAUGGUAAAUUAUGUCAAAUAAAUCUUCCGUAUGUGUUCUAGUUUUUUUAUGACAUGGAAAUAUUUUGAAAUGUUAAUAUAGUACUCCACGGGCGUGAAUGUAAAUCAAUUUUCUUAUUUGUUUGUCUGAAACAUGCAUAAAAUUAUUAGAGUUUAAAUGUAUCUGUAACGCAAAAUGAAUGACCACCAAAAAAAUAACCGAUGACCACAGUGCGCAAAUUCUUUAUUCUGGAAACUAUAACAUAUGGUGACAUUUAUAAAUUAAAACAAAAAUAGCAAGUAUAUAUGUAAAGUAAGUUACAUUUCCAUGACUCAGCGCGUAAAACUGGGAAAAAGUUAAACCAAAUUAAACUCAUUGAAAUAUCUGUGAAAAGAACGUAGAAACUGCCAAUCAUAUUCAUAAACGACAAAUGACGUUUACAAUGAUUUAAAUAAAGACAGAUUCCGUCAAUUUAUGAUAAAAACAAUAUGAAAUUAUUAUCCAAUGUUUAUAUUAUUGGCUUUCAUCAUCAAUUAACAUAUAUUUGAACUAAUUAUUUUGAACUAUUAGGCGAUCACACAUCAUAAAAGUAAAUUAUUUUAAAAAAAAUUAUUUCUUUAUAAAUUUCGUAUUAUUUAAUAACAUCAACGUCUGCAUGAUUAUAGGUUUUAGAUGAAGGUAAUAUCAAUCAAAAGUAUUGAUAUUUCAAGGUUAUCUAAUAUUAACAUCUGCAUAAUUAUAAGUUUUAAACUAAGUGAUCUAAGCAACUUAAUUCAUCGGCCAGAAAAAUAGAUGGGACGUUUUUGACCAUCUUUUCAUGACAGAGGUAGAUCUCUGAUGACAAACUAUAUAUGGAAACAUUACGUUUCCAUAUAUUGUCAAAGUGGUAGAUUUUUUUCUAUAUCUUCAUUUUUUUUAAUUCAAAAUGAAACUUACUUUACUAACAACCUUUGUAUUCAUGUGAGUUUAAAAAUUUUUGUAAGAUUAAUUGAUUAUUAUCAAUUUGUAGUUUGAAUUUUCCAUAUGUAAUUUUAAAUAAUUAGUAAUUAUUAUAAUAUAAUAAUUAUAAUAAUAAUAAGUAAUUUUAAAUUUGAAUUUACGUAUUUCUUUUUAAUGUACUCGAUCGAAAGUCAUCAUGUAAUUCUCUAAUUAUUAAUCUAAAACUUUUGGAGUCGCCGAAUGUUUUGUAAAUCAUUUUACUAGACUGUGUUGUAAUAUUAGAUUCAUCUGUAGUUUCAUUAAUUCAUUAUCAGAAUUCUUCAAGAUUUUGUGCGUUACUGUAAGGUGAAAAUCUUCAGCUCAAAUCAGUCAUUUAAGUAAACAUUUAAAAAAUAUAUUCUUAAAUAAUAUGAAAUCAACUGAUUGACAAAAUUGAAAAAAAAUAUCAGUUGAAAUCAACAAAAGAAAAAUGACGCUUUAAAGUAGGGAUAGAGGGCAUUUUUUUAUUUAGAUUUAUUUACUGUAAUAAAUUCAACUUUAUCCAGCUUUUGUGAUGCACGAUUAGAUUAGAAAAUAUGUAGAUAAGUUUUAUAUUUUUUUUUUAUUUAAUUUACUCAUAAUUUUGGAAAUUGUAAAUACUUGAUGAGCCCAAAUGGUUGUAAAACUUUUUUUUUAAAUUAGGGAAUUAUCGGAAUCAUGGCAAUUUUAUUAAUCCGAUUUUAUUUGCUCUUACUUCUAAUAAAGCCGAUUUGCUGGUAUUUCUCAUCUGAAUUUUUUUUAUAAAGUGGUGAUAGUUUAUUUUUAUUUUUUAUUCACUUGAAAAUCAAAGGCAAGUGUACACAAAAUGACAUUAAGAAAUUCUAAUCACUCAUUUAAAAUGCACCCUUUAUACCUGUACCUAUUUUACAAAUCUAUUAGCAGAUAACCAAAACAUCAUUUUUUCUAAUAGACAUAAACCAAACCUUUUUUGACAAAAGGCAACAGUUAAUUAUUGUAACGGAGCAAUUAUUAAAAUAAAAAAAUUAGUGCUUUAUUAAGGAACAGCUUGAAGCAUCAUUUUCGUCGGAGGUGAUCAAGAUGCCGUUUAAAGUGUAAUGUUGGAUGAUAUCCAUUUAAAUUUAACCAAUUUUCUGAUGGGGAUUUAAAAUUGAAGUUUUAUUUCUUCAAACAACACAAUAUUGUCUCCAUAGCGAAAACGAAAUCUCUUAUAUUUGGACAAACAGCACAGCAGGCCUUUAGGCCCAUGGCUUGAAGUCACUCUACUGCUUUUCUUCCUGACAUUCAUCUAGCCAUGGACGCACUCUUCUUCUUUUUUCGCCUUCUUGUUAUGGCUCCUUUCACCCACCUGUUUUCUUCCAUUCUGGCUAUAUGCCCCAACUAAUGCACUCUUUGCCCGUACUAUAUAGCCGAUCUCUGCCUGACCAUAUAACCUUUAAACCUCUACAUUCGUUCUUUUUCUACAUUCAUCUUGUUCCACUCGAAUCCUUUCUUAUUCGUAACCCAACAUUCACUAACAUAUAACACAGUAGGUUGUCCUAUAAAUUCUUAGCUUCGCUGCCCUUGAGAUAUCUUUGGAAUUUAAUAAGUUUCCUAGAUCUCCAACAGUUUUAUUGCUUCUUGCUAAUCUAUAUAUUGAUAUACUGGGUAUGUUAAUUUUCCGAGAUAUUCACAAUUUGGCCUAAAAUGACAGGUAAAUCGAUACUAACAUUUUGCACCGGUCUGAUUAUUGAAUUAAAGUUGAAUGAAAAUAAAGAUAUUUCAUUAUGAACAAGGUGGUGUCGAAAUAUUGAUCUGAUGACAGUAUUGACAGAUAUAUCAUUUAAUAUUUCGACGGGUAAAGCUGUAUCUAAAGAAAGCAGGCUAUCAACAAAAAUUAAAUUUUAUCUCGGAAAUCUCUUAAACUCGCGCAAGAUUCAAUAAACCUACAAAAUGAGACAUCAUUUGCAAUUUUGCUUUUCAAUGUAUGACUAAAGUCCUCAGUACUAACGACAAGUACAAGAAGUAUAUUUGAAUAUGGAACGAACCUUAUAUGUACGACUGUUGGCAAUUAGUCUAAACAAAAAAAUUAAUCUGGAAUAUAGUUUGACUUUUCCACAACCACAAUUGCAAUCUGCUCGUUUUUCAUGUACUGGAGAGAUGUUAAAAGUCAAUACUUAUAGAAAUAUGUUUAACAAACUCUACAGAAGUACGUUUAAUUUUUGAUCGUUACUUACCACAGUCAAAGAUUCCGAACGUGAAAGCAGAAAAGAAUUCAAAACCUCAACAAACUAGACCAAGCAUUUUUUUGCAAAGUCUUAAAAAUUAUAGUGUUAAAGAAACUUUGGUGCUGUUUAUGACUGAUUAUUGGAAAAAUGACCAUUUGACAAUAAUAAUCAAAAAUUAAAAAAAUCUUUUUAACCGUCUUAAGUUCAUGAAAAUUCCGAAAAAAAAACUAAUUAUGAAUGUCAUCAGGAAGAGGCAGAUACAAAGAUUAUUUUUCGUGCUUCUAAAACGAAACCAGGCUCAAGAAUUUUCAUUAAAGCUUCUGAUACUGACGUUUUGAUUAUUUUGUUAGGGAAUAUGUACUAACCUAGAGAAUUUUGGAUUGCCAGUUCAGCAAUAGAAAAAAACUAAUAAUGAACCUGUUGCUUGCAUUAAUUGCACCGAUUUAGCGAUGAAGUUGCCCGCUAUCCUUGCGGUUACUUUCCGGACUGUUGCCGAAAAAAAGCAUUUUUACAGCCUUACUAUCCUAGUACUAAAUUAUAAUUUAUUGUUGAAUUUACUAUAUUAUUAAUAAAAACCCACAGUGUACUAAACACAUAAUUAAUUCUAAAAACUAAAUUCAAAAUGUUUAUAAAGUGUAGUGACUACAAGUUACGAAUUUAACUGUACUUUUAUAAUAAACACACUGUUUACUAUCACACUCACUAUUACCAAUUUCGGUCUCUGAAGAGAAUAACUUGAAUUGAAACAUCAGUCACUGUAUUUGGAGUGCUAGUGAUGUGGUAUUAAAAAGUUUGUUUAGAAAGAAAAUCACCAAUGAUUCCAGAAAUUCCAACUAGUAUACUUUUAGAAAAUGUAAUAUUCAAAAUGUCCAAUUAUCGAUAAGAAUAUAAAUUGAUGCAGUCUAUACAAAGUAUUUGACAAAUCUUCUCUCCCUGAGUCAAAUAUUUUGAUUUUCCAUUUUAACUAACUUUUAAGUAAUCAUUAGCUGCUUUCCAAUAACAUCAAAACUUAGAUUACUCUCACUUGUAACGUUAUAACUCAGUUCGAUGCACUCAGUCUCACAAGUGAGAGCUAACUGAGUUUUUACCAGCAACUGCACGAGCCUGAGACCGUGUGCUUCAUUGAGUUUUGUGAACUCAGUUUGAAAGUGAGGUUGACAUCACUUUGUCAGAUCUUGUCAUCAAAAUAUGUAAAUUUCUGUGUGUUUCUUUCGCUUUGAGUAACAGACGGUUGGAUCAGCAAUUAUAAUGAUGAAUCACGUUCCUUUUAUUCACUAAGUAGUGACGCCAUUAUAUAGUAUAAGAUACAUAACUGACUGUCUGAGUUCACUUGAAUAUAAAUGGAAAGCAGCUAUUAUCUCAACAGAACCAGAUUUAGCUUUAUGAAAUUGAUCAAAAACUAAAUUUUUAAAUAUUUUAUAAUAGGGCAUUAGUUUAUACCAGACUUAUAGUACUACAAACUAUUUAUGGAAUGAAUUGACUUGAACUAUUGUUAAUAAAAAUGAUAUUCCUAAACCAAACGAAGAAAAUAUUUUUUCUUUAUAGAGUUGAAAGGAAUAUUUUACUGAGAAAUAUUAAAUCAAAAAAAAACAAAAUUCAGGAUGAAAAUAGAAGACUUAAGAUGUGGUGUAACACAUUAGGUACAGAUAUAACAAUAUAGCACUGAAUUGGUUUAUUUCAAAUAUUGAUAAUCCAAUUAAUUACUUAACGAUUGAAAUGAAAUAAAUUGCAUCAAGGUCAAUUUUGCAGCUAUUCUAUUUACAAUAUAACAAAUGAAAAAUAUUUUUUUCAGGCUGUGUCCAAUUAAAAACUUUAACAUAAACAAUUAUAUAUGAAGAAAUGUGCUGACGUCUUCUUUGAAUACCAUUUAUAUUCUUAUCGAACAAUGUAUUCAUUAGUUACCCCGAGACCAAAUAACCAAAAUUAUAUUUGGGUGCUUUUUACAUUAUUUAAAACCAUUCCAUUAUUAGUUUCCCCUACGGACUUUAUUAGUAAAUAUUUCAAAUCGUGAUUGUUACCAAAUUUGUUUUUUAUACGAUUUUUUUUCAACCCUAUAUUACUUAAACAUUAGCUUCCACACAAAUCAAAACAGUAUUAUUAUACAGUGUAACUGUGCGGAUUUAUGAACUAAAGAAAUAUUCAUUUGGUAACGAUACUAUUUAUAUUAGGUAUGAUAAUUUUGGUACAAACUGAAGGGUCGUGGAAAGAAAGGAUCGAAAUCACAUUAUAUAAAUUCUAAGUGAAUCGAAGUAAAAGACAAAAAUUGUGUCUAUUACGAUUAACUUGAACAAUACCUAAUUCUAUUCAAAUAAUAAGGAAAAAAUGGUAGAAAUCGUCUUGAUUUUUUUUAUACGAGCGCGUGGACGAGAUCGAUUUCUACCUGAUUGGUGACUAAAACAGCGUACCUAUUUCCUUAACAAUAUUUUAUCUAAAACAGUAAACUAAUGUCCUUAACUCGAUUAAGCAGGCAGUGGGAUUGAUUUCUCCACGACCCUUCAAUUUAAGAAUAUGAAUAAGUUUAUGAUAGCGCGAAAAAGUUGUUAAGUUGGCAGCUGUACAAAGAAGUCGCCAACUCAAUAUUAAAUUAUUGUAAUUGAAAGUUGGUAUAACUUAUUAUAUUUUUAACUUAUUGAUGUGUUUGUUAUAUUUUUAUUUCUUUCAAAGAUAUUUCUUCUUGAUUAACUACUUGCAAACUGAUAAUAAAAAGUUGUAGAUUGGCAAUAGUGAAAUGAAUAGUAACAGGGUUGUACUUUAAAAAAACUUUAUUCUGAUUUUUAGUCGUAUUAGAAGUCGAUAUAUUCCAUAUAAAACUAUUUACGCUUCUAUGCUUACUUAUGUUCAAAAAAUACAGUACAUUUUCCAACUAUUUCAUCCCAUCAUUGCAAAUAUUUCAUUAAUUUUACAGUUAUAGACACUUCACAGACUUAUAAGGGCAUGUUGGAUAUUAGUUGCCGUUUGCUGUUAUAAAAUGAAAAACAUUGAAAUACAAUUAUAGUUGCCAUUUGCCGAUCGGUGACUUUCAACGUAAACGAAUUUUAUCUUUCCUGUCAGCCGUUCAUAUCAACUUUCGUAGCAAGAGGGCGACAACUGCUAAUUUUUUUCAUACUUCAAUAGAGGUGAACAACAAAGCCAGAGUACGAACUAAUUUUGUUGUUUUAUGAACAAUAGAAGGUGUUUUUUAGAAUUUUAGUCUAAAUAGUAAAGUAAUAUACCUGUUUAAAGUGUUUUUUGAUUUAAAAACAACCACACAUCCAUAACGUACACUUCAGAAAUAAUUAAACGUGGUAAAAGUUGUAGUGUUACAAAUGAUCUCUCCUUUUUCCAUUAUUCUCCAAAGGAUGAAGUGACACCAUUUAUAUUUGAUUUAUCAGUUGUUUCAAUGCUUGCCUAUCCUGUGCAAUCUUUUCGGCCUGAUGCAGUCUCAUAUUUCUUAAAGGUGCCUCUUGUGCAUUUACCUUCUAUGAUUAAUCGUUCCAUUGUUCCAUAGACCCCAGGUACUACAGACACAUGCGGUUUAUUCUGGUUAGUAGCCUUGUACUUGGACCAAUUUCUUGUAAUACGAAUACGUUGGGUUUGGUGUUAUGUCCUUGAUACUCGUAAGUUUUUUUCUGCUGCGUUCGUGGCAAUGGGGGAAGAUAAGAGCAUCGACUAGACGGAGAUUUCUUUCCAUAUUUUAUUUAACUUGGUAGUCGCUGAUCUUGCCGGCGUAUUUCGCUUUCGCAUUUCCCAGUGUUGGUAAUUAAGGAACCAAGAUAAUUAAAAUUAUUUACCACUUCGUAGCCUGCAAUUUCUAUUGUUUGUGGAGAAUUGUUGUCUUGUCUAUAAACUAUCAUUAUUUUCGUUUUGGAAAUAUUUAUUUUUAAGCCAUAUUUUUCGCUGAUAACAGACAAUCUGGUCAUAAUUUCUGUUAUUGCUGGUAUAGUUGAUGCUAGGAUCAGUGCGUCGUAUUUGCUAUAAACUUUAAAUAAGGUAGGUGAAAGAAUGCAACCCUUGUGGCCGUUCUGAAGAUCCCCAAGUAAACUGCGUCGAUUCUGACUUUCGCGUUGUUUUUCUGAUAGAGGUUGUGUGCUAGUUGAACUAGGUGAUUUGGCGUUCCCAUUUUCUCCAUUAUGUUCCAAAGAUAGCUCCAUUUAACUUUAUCAAACGCUUUUUGGUAAUCUACAAAACAGAGAUACAGUGAAACAUUAAAUUCUCUUUCACUUCAUUCUUUAGAUUUCUAUUACUUGUUAUGUUCGCUCCUAGAUAUUUGAAUGACAUCACUUGUUCUAGUCUCUAAUCGUAUAUUGCGAGUUUACAUCUUCUCGGUUCUCUGGAUACUGUAAAAGAUUUGAUUUCUUGAAAGAUAUUUGCAUGUUAAUAGGCUUUCGCUAUUUGUUCAAACCUAUACAGUAGUCUUUGUAAGUUAUCUUCGUCUUCUGAGAUGAUUACUGCACCAUCAGCAUAACAUACUAUUUUUAUUUCUUUAUUUCACAUCCGGUAUCCGCUUUCAGCAUGCUUUACAUCGUUUAUAAUCUCUUCCAUUAUGAUGCUGAACAUGAUCGGGCUGAGGCUGUCUCCUCAGAUGAAAUAUCUUGGAAAGAACUAAGAAUAUAAUGAAUCUGAAUUGUUUUUAUAACUACUAAACAUAUAUAUCUAAAUUUGUGCAAUAUUCUGUUCUUUAUUAAUGUAUUUAUUUUUUUAGCAAAAUAUAUGUGUACUUCUAAA